UCAAAACAACGUGUUCAUAUCAUAUCCGUCCAGCCGAUCAAGGAUCUAGGCGUGUUCCGCUAACCCCUGUUGAUGUGGAGGACCACCGCCCCACCCAACCCAACCCCCAAGUAACACCCAAUCAUCCCCCAACACAAGCUCAAUCCCAGCCAAUGACCUAUUAUCGAGCCAGACGACAAAACAAGCCUGGGGCCUAAUCGGCAUAAUCGGCCUAAUCCAGUCAAACACCACAGCCACUAGAGACACACCAGAGUGUUAUGACAUUAGUCCAUUUCAUCCAUUUCAUCCAUUUCGUCCAUUUCAUCCAUUUCGUCAUCGUUGUCGUCGUCGUUGUUGUUGGGCAAGAGUCGGCGGCCAGAGCCUUGAUUAAUUAAUUGAUUAGCCCAGGCCUAUUUGCCAGAUGUAUAUUAUCCAGCAGGAAUUCGAUCAUCACUCGUCAGUCAUGCCCCGCCCCCCGUCCGCCGAGUGCCGCAAACCGGAAUCCGCCGCCCCCCCACCACUCCACUCCCAGUGGGUCCGAGCCUGGCGUGACGCUCUCGGGGACGGCCAAGUGGGCGGGUGGCCCCCCACCCAGGGUACGGCCGAGUCCGUGCACCCGGGCGAGGCCCCACCCGCUACCACCCUGUCCCACGGGUCGAAGGCGGGUGAGCCCUCCCCCUCCCCCUUAGCCGACUGGCGUUCAGGCCCCUGGGCCGCCUGGAUCCGGCGUUACCACCCGUGGUAUGCGCCCCCCCGGCUCCCGGGCUGGUCGAGCCUGCCUUCAGCUGGCGACGUGGCGGCUCUGACCGCCUUCAUCCAAGAGCGUGUCGAAACCCCGAGCGGCAGCACUGCCGCACCGUCAUCUUGGCCACGGGAGUCGCUCAUGGCGCUGGGCGUGGCCGCGCUUCAAGUCCUAGUGGGUCUCAACUUUACGGGCGCGGCCCAGUCAAUGGGCAAGAUGACGGAAGAUCGUAGUCCGGUGGGCGGAGCGGGUCCAUCGGAGAAGAACCCACUUGAGAACCCGCCCCCGGGGUGGGGCGGGACUGAUGGUCGUCCUCCGAAUCCGUUCGAGGCCUGGUGUCAGGCCUCGGAUGGCGAGGGUCUAAUUCAUCACGUCCGAGGCGCGCCCCUUUUGUACACGGCCGAUAGGGUAUUCCACGCCUUGGCCGAUCUGGACGAAUUCCAACAACUCUGGAGUUUUCAUUGGUGGCGCCUCCGCCUGAUCCACAUCCGACAGAUCCUCCACACCGACGACAAACGCCCGGCCUUCCAUCACGCCUACUUCGAGAUCCUCGGCCAGCUCCGCGCUUUGCCAGCCUGGACCACCGCGCCACCGGAUCUCACCGCCUGGCUCGAGCUCGAGGUGGCCGCCUUUCACGCCCUCUUCGACGAACUGUCGCCGAUCCCCGACAUCCUGACCCGGGUCAGUCGAGCCACGGGUUUCCACAUGGAGGAAACGGGCGCACUGGGCAAACGCACCCGCUUCCAAACCCGAGAUCUGCCCCAAUUCGCCCUGACCCUCCACACUCCAGCCCAGCCUGCCGGCAAGCCCACCCCACCCGCACCCACGGCGGUCAAGGAUCUACCACCGGACCUCAAAUUGAACGACGAGGUCCGUUUGGAUAAGAUCAAGUUUACGGAUCCGGAGGUGGAACAAAACUCCACGGGAUUGUCCCGCCUGCAUCAAGCCAUCUUGCUGGCCAUGCUCUUCUACCGGCGUCGCGCCAAACCCAAGGACGACCUGAUCCACGAGGAACUCCGCCCCUACAUCGACACUCUCCUGGAUUGUCCCACCCUGAGCUGGUCCAGUAAGAUGAGCGUGCUACUGGUGCGCUCGCAAUUGGAGUCGGAAAAUGGGCGCACCGUGGAGCGAUCCAUGAUGCAAGUCCAGGCUUUGGUCGAUCACUUGAAUGAGGUCCAACCCGCGGAUCCGCAAGCUCGACUCGACUCGUUGUACGUGUCGCGAAUCCCGCCAUUCUUCGUGCUCGAGCAGGAACUGUGCACCUUGCUCCAAUCCCUGGGCUCCGUGAAGGCCGCGUUGGACAUUGCCCUGCGAAUGAACUUCUGGGAAGAUAUGAUUCAUUGUUAUCACCAACUCCAAUUACGCCACAAGGCGGCCGAAGUCAUCCAAAAGCAGUUGGACAUCAAAGAAACGCCCCUUUUGUAUUGCAUGUUGGGCGAUGCCACCGACGAUUUGGCUCAUUACCGACGGGCUUUGGCCAUGACGAAUGAUCGGAGUGCGAGGGCGUGGCGGUCCAUGGGGAUUUACUAUUAUUACCAUAAGGACUACCCGCAAGCCGUGGAGUGCUUGAGCCAGUCCAUCGAAGUCAGCCCCUUUCAGCCGCAUAUUCUCCUCAGGUUGGGCUAUGCGGCCAUGGAGAUUGAGAAUUGGACUGUGGCGGCCUCCGCCUACCGGGAAUAUUGCCGCUUUGAAGUCGAUAACUUUGAGGCGUGGAACAACUUGUCGAACGCCUACAUUAAGUUGGGCCAGAAAUCGCGGGCGUGGAAAGUGCUGCAAGAAGCGGUGAAGGCGGAUUAUGAUAAUUGGCGAAUCUGGGACAACAUCUUGGUGGUUAGUACGGAUUGCGCCGCUUUUGAAGAGGUGAUGCGGGCUUACCAUCGUUUGCUGGACUUGCGCGAGAAGCCGGUGGACACUGAUGUCUUGGCCAUUUUAGUGCAAGCCAUUCGAGACGACGUCCCGGACAACUCGGGCGAGCCCUCAGGUCGACACUUGCCGGCUGCCCUCAAGCUCUUUGGUCGUUUGAGCGGCCAAGUCACGAACGAGGGCCGCAUUUGGGAGCUCUACUCCGACUUGACCUUCAUUAUGGCCCAGAGAGAGGAGGACGCGAACCCGCAGGAGCAACCGCAACCGCAGGAUCAGGUUCAGAAACAACAAUCAAACGGGUUCAAUCCCGCCAGUCACCAAGAACGGCGGCUCAAGGCGUGCCAGUACCUGCAGAAGGGUGUGGCCUGCUUCGCUCAAAAGGCGGGGUGGGAACGUGACCCGCACAAAGUGGAGGAGGUCCUCCAGAUUGGCUGGAAACUCGCUCAGGCUUUGGACCAAUUAGCCCACGGUCACGAAAACAAGGCUCAGUGCAUACAAAUGAUUUCCUCCGCCAAAAUGACCUUGAAAGGCAUCGCAGUCAAGGUGAAGACCAAUCAAACCGCUGUGAUCACGGGUGAUGUCGUAGAAGCACUCAAGCCCUUCUACGAGCAACUCCUGGCCGCCAUCGAAACGCUCGAACAGACUUUAAGCCACUUGAAAAGCUGAACAUGUGCCUUAGGUUGACAUGAUUACGUUUAUUUGGUAUCAACCCAAUUUGAGAAUACACACACCCCUCCGUG